AAGCAGCCAGAGGUUCAACGUCUGCAGCGACUUGGCCGAAGACUCAGUUCAGUUGCUGCACUUGACGCGUCUGGUUCUGCUUCCACCACUGCGGAUUAAAUCAAGCCUGAAGAAGGCCAAGUCCAAGAACCUUCUACAAGAAGCAAACGAGCGGAGAUGGAUUAUCGUUUAGUGCUGAAAAUUCUUAGCUUUCUGCUGCUGGCCCACUUCGGUUUCUCCCAGCCGCAGCAGCAGUCGCCAUCGGACUACGGCGAGGAGCAGCCUCCGGAGGGCUACUACGCUUUCGUCGAGUCCCCGAAUGCGGUGCCCCCCAAAGUGAGGCCGCCACCCUACACCUUUGUGAAUGCGGAGUGCAAGGAUGUGGCCGCCGGCAAGAAGUCUGCCGUGUCCGUUCACAACAUUUGCGGAGAUCUGAACAAGGGUCAGAUACCCAAGAACCCGCUGGGACAAAAUGUGUUCGGGGAACCCUAUCCCUUCGAACUUAUUCGCAACCAAACGCUGAAGUUCCUUUCGAAAACUCUGCCCGUUCUGAAGGCCGACGAUACCCUCCCCAAGGUCACCCAGAUCAUUCGUGAUGAGCCCGUGGAACAGCUGGACAGCAACAACAUCGACAGGCCCUAUCCCGCCGGAGGUUCCACUCGCGUCCGCCGCAGCCUGCCGGAGGGCGUAGAGUCCAACGAGUACAGCUACUUCGAUCCCGCCCUGGACGAGGAGGAGCAGCACAAGCAAAGGGAUCGUCAAGCGAUCCCCCAGCAGAGGGCCGCCGAGGAGAGGAAGCCACGAAAGUUCUGCGAUGGCGGUGGAGUAUUUUGCACCUUAUACAGGGCCAUUCAGGGAGACACCGGUGGAGCAGCCCCUUCCACGCCCACUGCGGAACGGCGCGAGGAAGUGGGUCCCAUCCGGUACGAGGGUCCACCCACUCCCUGUCCCGCCAAGGUAGAGUACGCCACUCCCGUCUUCGCUAAGAACUACCAAGGCGCCUGGCGUUAUGUGGUCCAGAUUCCCUAUGAGGGCUACUUCACCCAGACGGUGGAAGUGACGCGCUGCAUCCAGGCACGCUGCCACUACCUGGACGGCGGUUGCCUGUCGUCACCACGCUGGGUAAGCCUGCUGGUGGCGGAGAUCUUCUACCCCAAUGCGGAGGACACGGUGCCCACCAGCUCGACCACCACUCAGGCGCCCUCGGUGCAGGACUUCCAGGCCUACCAGCAGUACCUGCAAAAGAGGGCCGGCGUGGCAACCGCCUCCGAUGGAACAUCGUCUGGAGCAGCCGGCUCCGCGGCGCAGGCGGACGCCCACUGCGACGGACACGAUGAACUGGGCUGCUUCCAGGUGCGUCUCUACUACGACUGGUUCCUCAUCCCCGGCUCCUGCAAGUGCUGGCGCCCGGACUACUUCGCCAAGUACGUGCGCCGGAAGUCGGUGGCCGACUUGUGAACACCUUCUGGACAGGAUAUCCCAAGGAGGGCCUUAGACUUAGAUUAAGUUCUAGCCUUUAGAGGAACACAACUUUGAGGUGAAAGGCUCAUUCUAGUAAUCCAUCCGGGUACCCCACGGCCCUAUACGGAUCACGCAGAGUUUGCAGUUCGUGCAUCUACCAGAUACAAUUUGAACCUAGGCGGUUAGCUCCCUCUUUCGACUGAUUAAGCCAAGCGCAUUGCAUUUCUACUAAUAAAUACGUCUCUACCUAAAUCUUAA